UCGUGACAGCAGUGUUAAAUUAUUGUUUUAAUAGUAAAGUGUAGUUUUGGUUUCAAAUGGAGAACAGUAGAUUUCCAGGAAAAUUAGUUUUACAAGGUGGGCCAGCAGCGCGCGCUGACGCCUGGCGAAAGUGGUGUAGGGAGUUUCAAGAGUUUUUACAAUCAUCCGGAUUACACAAAGAAAAUAAAAAAGUGCAAAGCAGGUUGUUGUUGACUUUAAUCGGCCCGGGAGGUUAUGAUGUGUUUAGAAACUUUACCUUUAGGAUGGACGAGGACGCCGAGGACAUUGAGAUUCUGUUUAAAAAAUUUAAUCAACAUUUCGCAUCAAAACAAAAUAUGUCAAUUUCUAGAUUAAAAUUUUUUACGCGACACCAAAACCGAGGGGAGUCCAUAGACAAGUAUGUCGCCGCGCUUAAAUUGUUGAGUCAGAAUUGUGAAUUUGAACAUUUAGUAGACGGCUUGAUACGCGACAGAAUCGUUUAUGGAGCCGGGAAUGGCAACGUGAAGGAAAGAUUACUCAGAACCGAGGAUCUUACGUUGGCUAAGGCAGUAAAAAUAUGUCAGGCCAAUGAAAUGUCUAACGACGCAGAUAGGAUAAAGAAAAGGCGGAUCGUCGUAGUCGGAGCCAGGGGCUCCGAAGCUGAGGGCGCCGCAGCCGGGGUCGCCGGAGCCGGGGCCACCGGAGCCGGGGGCGCCGAAGCCGGUGUCGGAAGCCAUGACGAGCGCGUGGAGCACCAGGCGGAGCGGGCCUGGCCGCCGCGGUCAGCAAAGCCACCCGACGGCAAUAUUGACUUAUAUAAAAGCGGUAUCAAAAUCAUAAUACCUAAAAAUAACGAAUCACAAAAUAUACGAUUAAAUGCUAUUACUGUGAGAACAUCUAACAGCGAACAUAAUGGAAAGAUAUAUGUUAACAAUAAUCCUGAUACGACCGCACUUUCUGUCUUCAUUAUUAAAUACGAACAAAUUGUUGACUCAGCUGCGUUAAGUUAUGGUGCGUUUGACCCGCCGCCAUCUAACGCGUCUGCUUUAAGCAGCCAGCCAUUAGGCCACCCAGGCUCCGAUAAUAGCCAAGCUGCAACAAUGCAAGCCACAAGUUCUAACAUUUUCGAAAAUCCAGAAGCUACGACUUCUAAGGCUAACACUUCUGAAACAAAUGAUGAAUCUCGCAAACGAAGUCAGCUACCGCCCAAGAACGACGUGCCAAAGCGAUCUAAGAAGGAAGUUGAUGAGACAGAGCCACUUUCGGAGGGAACUUUUACUAUAACCGGACACUUUACAAACGUUCCUGAAACUGUUACUAAUCCGGAACCUGAGCUUCCGGUUGAGCCCGGUAACGCGAUACUGAAAGCAGUAACACAGAUGGCUUAUAAUAAUGAUCUUACGAUCCCUAACGUUCCAGCUGAGGUCAGUGUGGAUGUCGGAGAUUGUCCUGCAUUGGGUUUAGACGAUAGCAGUAACUAUUCGUUUGCUUUGACCGAGGAAGAGAAACACGAUUCCUUUCUCGAUGAUUUGAUGUAAACACCACAAGAUUGUCUCUCUCGACGACAACAAGUGUCCAUAACAGCGGCAGCAAACUUCUUCAGUCGUCUAAUAUACUGCAAAUUAAUGUGCUUUUCGAAAUUAAUAUAACCAAAUGGAAUAAGCUCAUGUGGGCAUUUAUUAGAAAUACGAAUAUUUAAUCGUAAUCAAAAUCAUCAUCAUCAUCACCAUCUUCAUCACCAUCAUCUUUGUCGUCGUCUGCUUAUCCAUGACGAAUAGAUUAACUUUGUAAUUCUAUGUGUCUACUGGCUCUUGCCCGUGUUUCGAGGAAUUUAAAAAUAGUAGCCUAUGUUUUCUCCCAAAUUAUGUUCAACAUCUAUUCUAAAAUUUCCCAAGAUCUAUUUUGCUGUUCAGAGAUACCUUCAACAAACAGCCAUUCAUCAAUAAAGAUUCGUAUUAAUAAUAAUAG